CAAAGGUGUGAAUUCAUGAUCCCUGGCACUUCCCCCAGAGGGGUGCAAACAUUUGGCUGGUGUCUGCUUGGAGCUGAUGGUUCCCCAUCUAAGUAGCUGUGAGCCAUGUCAAGAGGCCUUGCUUAAAGCUAGGCUCCCAAGCACUGCUCUGCAAACCGUCUCCCACACGCCGCAUACCAAGGUCGUGUUGUGCUUUUCCCUGAGAACGCAUCCCUGCUGCUCCAGGACCUGCAGCUCAGCGACAGCGGGGUCUACAGCGUCACCUUCAAACAGCAGAUUCAAACCAGGCACAUCACCUUAACUGUGUACAGGCAUCGUUUCACCUCUGAAGAUGACAAUACCUCAGUACAAGACCUAAAAGCAAUAAUGGCCUACACUGUUGGAGGCUGUCUCAUCUUGUUCCUUCUGCUCUUCCUUCUCUACUGCAAGUGGCAUUUUGGUACAAUUCUUCUGAAGACAUCUAGAGUUAUAAGGCAGCAAGAGUCUCUCAGUCAUGAUGAGUCCUACAUGGAGAACAAGCUGAGAAGGGAUAUAUCCACAGUCUAUGCGCUGAUCGGCAGUGACCAGACACAGCCCAGAGUAAUGCCAAAAGUUGAAUGCGGUCUGUAGCUGUCCAUUGACAGGAACAUGGCCUAACGUAACAGACUGCCUGGGCUGUGAUCGUCUUGGGCAGCAACUGAGGGACUGUCUAGCAUUAGACCUCCACAACCUACCUGAGAAAAAAUUGUAACAUCAACCAGACAACUAACUCCUUGAGGUGAAUAGGACACCUUCACCUCUGAUGCUGGCUCUGCUCCUGGGGAUGCUGCAUGUGCCCCAUUCUGGACUGGUGACUCUGCCCACACCGUGGGCAGGGAAAGUGGGAACUGGAGCUCCUAAGUGUAAGCUGAGAUGAUGAACUUGCACUACCAUUAAUAUACAGUUCCCUUUCCCUUUUUCCCCUACAACAUCUGAGAGUAUACAGAUACCGGCCGGUGUGUGUGCAGCGCUGGGAACUCCUCCUGACCAGAGAAGGGAGUCUUAUGGCAAUCACAAAUAAUUUGGGAAAGACACAUCUAUAGGAUUUCUCAGUGAGAAGAACUAACUGAGAAUACAGGAUGCCAAAUGCAUGGCACUUUCACUGUGAAAAGAGACUACACACUGUUGGGACUGAAAUGCUGCUGUUAUUUUCUCCACGUCUCUUGACUGAGCCAUGUGCCAUUUCCCACAGAAAUGGGCUGGUGAUGACAUCUGGGGUCCAUAAAGCCUUACCAAUGGAUCCUUGCUUCUUUUUUAAAGAUCUCCAGUAAGAGCAAUUUCAGGACACUUCUGAGAGAGGAAACAACUCCCAUGCAUCCUUUCAUGUACUGGGGAAGGCAAAUUGAACGUACGUCAUAUCUGCAGCUGUAAAAUGAGGAAAUUGUAUUUCACAUACUUAUCUGCUCAAAUCCUGAUCCCUAAGGAAAGGGAGAAGAUACUGAUUCCUGCCUGUUUAUGGACUAAACCUCUCCAAGCAUUACAGAGGUGGGGGGCUCAGGUUGUCUGUAAUCAUACACUGAGAUGCAGUGCUGUUUUGGAGAGCUUCAGUUUCUCUCUACCCAGAAAAAGUCCAGCAGGUCAAUGGAGAUGUCAAGGUGUUGUUCUAUCUGUCUCAUCAUUGCUGUCCUCUGAGCUGUGAGUCUUCCUCCUGAGGGAGGAAAACACCCAGUGAAGGCUUUCAGUUCCUUUCGGUGCCCUAUGGACAUCUAUAAUCAGCAGCUCCCCUCCUCAUGGUCUCUGCUGUGGCCAUAUCCCAAGGCAAGGAGACACAGGCUCUUCCCCACAUUGCUGGAUGCUCAACUUCAUUCUGCUUUUCCACAGUAAGUCUGGGAAGGCCUGAGGUGGAGGGUUGUACUACGUGGGACCAAAUGGUGCCUGACUAGGACCAACAGAAGGGGGAUGUAGAUGGUGGUGUCCACGGUGGUUCAAUCCAGAUGUGACCCACUGCAGCACUAUGACUCCACUGUAACUGUAGCUUGGGGUUUAUUCCUGAUGAAUGUUGGGGGUCAUGAAAGUUGACAUCUGCACUGAGGCUGUGGUAGGAAGAGACCUUUUCUGAUGCCUUUUUUUGAAACAAAGGACUUAGAAGGCACAUUAGGUAUUGGAGAAGUGGGUGGUUUCCCUAAAUUGGAGGAUCAGCUUACUGAAUUUGGCUGUGCUGUGCUUUUCCCUGAGAAUGUAUCCCUGCUGCUCCAGAAUGUGCAGCUCAGCAACAGUGGGGCAUGCAGCGCUGCUUUCAGAUAGCAGACCCCCAGCGGACACGGAGCCUUAUCGUGUAUGGAUGCUGUUCCACCCCUGCUGAUGCAGGCAGUGGUAGCGGUAUGUGGGGGUGAUGCUGUGAUCAGGAAUGACACUCUGAUGCCCCCAGCCACACAUUCAGGCAGGAGGGAGGUAGUCAGGGCUCAGAUAACUCUCGCUCACCUGUGGGUGAUGGAACUCUGCCAUGAAGUCAGGCAGUUUGGAGUAGGUCACACAGGCUGCUAUAAAUGGUUCUGCCUUCUGUGAGAUUAAAGCGCUGGUGCAAGAGCUUCCUGCUGACAGGUAGGAAUUUGACUAUAUGAGUGACAAUAUGAGUCACAUCUUACUAGUCUGCAGGAAACUUGUAUUACCAGUAGUUAAUAUGGAUCUGAGAAGCCGGCCAAAAACUAGUUCCUGGAUGUAAAUCUUCUGUAAUGACUGGGAGGGGAAAAGGGAGUGUUGACAAGGCUGUGACCAGGGAAGAAGCAUAUACAUGAAGAGGCUGUAUGUACAAGUCUGUGCUAACAGAAUGUAGCAGGUAACAUAAAUACCACGGGUUUGGUAAUAAAAGACAUGGCAAGUCACCUUGGCAGAAGAGUCAGAUUCCCAGGCAGGAUGUGUCCCAUUGCUAAACUCAGUGGGGUUUGUGUUUGUGGUCAUAUUCUGCCAUUUAUGCAUUUUUAAUCUCUGCCUGUCUUUAUUAUUUUUGGUGCUUUGCAGAUCCUUUUCUUACUGUGAGGUGGCAGUUUCCAAUCCUUUAGACAGAUAAUAGUUCUUUUUCAAUUCAGAGACACACCAGGUACAUAUGUAAAUCGAGAGCUGUUCUGCAGGCAGAAGGCCCAGCCUGGCCUUACCCAGCCCAGCAAGCACUUUUUCACCAGACAUGUUUCCCUGUGUUGGCGGAAGCCAAGGACCACGAGGAAUUGCCUAUGUGCAGGGCUCAGAGGAGAAAGGCCAGAGAGCCCAAAGGUUCUCUGCACACUGCAGCACCUGAAAAAAUAAACCAUCCCCUCUGGGCUACAGACAGCAUGCUGUCACGGAGGCCUGAUGGUCUUCAAGCACUUCACCACAGGGCUCUGGUCAUUCAGGAGAGGUUUUGAAUACAGCACUAAGCCAGCAUAGCAGAGUUGUGCCUGGCAAUUAUAGAGCCUGGACACACAGCUGUGCUGCAAUCCCUGCUUCCCUUAGGGCCCCAGCCGCUGUGCCUGCGGGGGUCCCCAGCGCCUGGGCACGCUUUGGCCUCCCAGGGCUCUCCCAACAGUGCUGGCUGCGCCCCAGGUCUGCCGAGAGGGUCUCUCCUGAGGUGCCUGCAGGACCUGGCCCUCCCAUGCUGAGCCUGUGCCAGCAUGUACAUGGGGGCCUGCCCAGGGCCUGUGAGGGGCCAGGGAGGCAGGGAGCCAAGGAGAAGAGCCGCCUCUGCAAGGCCCAGGGCAGCACAGAGCUGGGGAGAGGAAAACUGCUGCUGCUCCCCAGACACCAGCUCCCAGGUGGGCUCAGGAACUGGGCCCAGAGGGCUGGAGGCCCAGACGCAGUGAUGGGGAGUCCCCGUGGGCGACUGCCCACACAAGGCGGUGCGGGUGCCCACGGCAACGGCAGGGCUCUGUGAUGGUGGUGGCAUCGUGGCCACAAGGCCACUGUGACAGGGGUGUCCCCGUGGUGACUUGCCAGGGCCGGAGCGCCCCGGGGUCCCCACUUGAGCAGAGCGACUCCAUCAGGAGGGAGCAGCUCCUCUUGGUGCCGGCGUGGUUGGUGUCCGGCAGCGUAUUUGGAGACGCCCAUGGAGCGGGAGGCGAAGCCCUGUUCCCAGCCUGCAGAUGGGCACCCCAGCACGCGGGAGCGCAGCGAGGUGGGCCACCAGGAGCCACCCGCCGCGACGCAGCGGAGCCAGAGCUCGGCUUCGUCCCACCAGAGGGACAGGCUGCCUCUGCUCCCCCGCCCAGAGAGCUCACAGGACUCUGAAGAUGGCAGCACAAAGACAGUCAGGGUGGAGCAGCGGGUGGUUCUGCCCUGCCGGAGUUUGACCAGAGAAGAGCUGCCACUUGUGCCAUGCUUGCCGCCUCUCCCCACCAAGGCAGCAAGCCAGGCAGAUGUGUCCCUGCGCACAGGUAGAGGUCAAGCGGCAGCAUCUACAAGGCCUCUCAAGCUGCCCGCUCUGCCAACAUCCGCGGGACGCUCUGCCAGAAGCAGGCCCGAAGAACUGGAAUGGCCUGCUGAGAACUCUGCAGCAGAUGACUGCAGGGAAGACCUCCCACUUGAUAGUGGCAGUCCCCUUCGAUUAUCCAAGCAGGAUGCUUCUGCUUUCACUGGGGCAAGGGAAGAACAUUUCCCUGCCAUGCCCGAGGCCAGGCCUAGCUCUUCCACAUCAGCACUGGCAACACCAAGGCCAUCGCAAGGCCACGGCAGCAGGAUCACUCUUCCCCCGAUCAGCCGGCAGCCUUCAAGACACUCCUCCUUUCUCCUGGGAUCCCAGAGCGCUGCUGAAGGGACAAGCCGAGGUGGCCCAGCAUCCCUGGAGUGGGACAAGCCCUGGCCAAGAUACCCCGUGCUGCCAAGUCGGCGACAGGUGCCGGACACGAGGGUGCAGAGCCACAACUCGAUGUCGAGCGAGUCCUCAGCGUCGCAAGGCGGAGACACCAGCAGCAGAGUCACGGCAGAGGAGGCUGGACUCACCAGCAGCGAGAGCCCCAGCUCCAGCUCCAGCUCCAGCCUCUCCUUCACUGAGGUACUGCAUGGCUCUGCAGAAGACGGCCUUGCCAGGCCCCACGGGGAAAUGGCCCAAGCCGACUCCUCGUCGCCUUCCCUGCCUGAUUUUGCCACCCUUGGCCAUGCCCUCCACGACCUGGACAUCGCAGGGAGGGCUGAGAGCCCGGGCCCUGCCCCACACAGCCCCACACCAUCUGACGCCUCUCUUGACGAUGUAGUCAACUUGCUCGUCUCUGCAGCCUUGCAGUCAGCCGUGGACGUGAGCAGGAGAGCUAUCCGCAACUGCCGCACGUGCAUGAGGCUGCGGAGGAGCUCAGCGUGGCUGCACCACGGGGGCUGCUGGCACACGCGCUCUGUUCGGCACCUCCGCCAAGCACAGUCCAGGACCAGACGGCACCACAUGCGGAAAGCACAGCCCCGGUGCGUCAGCAAGGACCUGCUCCCCAUGCUCGUGGGGGCAAGCGUGCCAGCUUUCCUGGGCAGAGGCAGAAGGUCAGGGCAUCCCAGACAGCCACCAACAGCAAGGGGCCUACAACAGCAGCAGGAGCAGGAGGAAGCAGCGGGAACCAGAGUCCAGGCAGCGCUGGAGGAAGAGCAAGGGGAGCUGACAGGGGAGGAAGCAGGGCAGCAGGAUGCUGACAGAGACCUGCCAGAAGAGCAGCAGCUGGAGGACUCUGCCUCUGUCCACGUGAUCUGGGUCCGACCGAGCUUCCAGAGCCUAUUGGCGGGGACACGCACGCACCACAACGAGGAGGUGCCCUGCUCGCUCGACAGUGAGGCCACAGACGCUGACAGAGGAGCAGCAGGCAACCCGCAGUGCGCGCCUCUCCCCCAGGCAGCGGCCACAGGAGCCGAGGCCGAAGAUUCGCCCUUGGCCGGAGGCUCUCGGCAAGAGGGGACCAGCACGCCUCUCCCCACGGCAGGCUCCCCAGAAGCAAAACCAGCAGCUUCGCCCUCGGCUGGAGGCCUUCGGCACCAGGUUCCCUCUGAGCACAAAGCGGAUGUCAAUUCAUCCUCCUCCUCCAGAGACAUGCCAGAGGAUGACCCAGCCGUCGCCGCCCUCCUGGACCCACCGGCUCCCAGGCAACGGCCCUCGCUCCUCACGACGCUGCUUCAGGCUCUGCACAGAGCUUUCUCCUGCAGCUGUCUCACGGGGCAACGAGAGGGACGAGGGCAGGAUGCACGUGCCAGGCGGCUCCCCUGACGUCGCAGCUGGCCUUGUGGAUGCGGAGCGCAAAGAGGGAGAGCAACACAGACGCACGCAAUGGUGCCAGAGGUGUUCAGCUUGCCUCAGAGCACCUGCCACUUGCUGCCUCAGCUCAUGGCACAAAAGGAGGACCUGCCGGCUUGGAUGGGCAGCCAGAGCCAUGCUCUGUCCUGGGGGCAACACAAAAACUGCCCCAGAGCACUCCUGCUGCUAGGGAGACCCAACAACCCUGCCGGAGACGAGGGUCUUCGAGGACAAACACGGACUCGCGCAUGGACUCGUGCAUAAAGCCUCGUCAGGCUAGGGCCAUUUCCUGCUUGGAAUAAAAUCUUGGGGACUUGUUACUUGGUGUCAGUGACCUCUCAAGAGACAGACUAGUGCAGGCAACGCCAGUGAAGGCAGACAGAGCUGGAGAGAAACCCAUUUGCUGAGCUACAGAAACACAGAGCAGCUGGGGCGGGAGGGGGCUCCUGAACAUCUCUGCUCCAACCUGCUGCUGCCAGGUCAGGUUUCCCUGGGCCUGGCACUAUCGAGGUGUGACUGUCCGCAAGGACGGAUUCCCCCAUGACCCUGGGCCCCUGCUCCAGUCUUGGACCACCCUACUGCCCUGUGGCAUCUAAGGCCCCUCCAUAGCUUCAGCCUCUCGAUUUUGCCCCCACGCACAGGUAGCAACACAACAGGAUGGCAAGGCCUCAUUGCAAUGACACAGCAUGGCCUAUGCUAAAGGAAAGCCCCUCAUCAGCAAGUGAGGACAGAACUCGGGUGAAACCAGUGCAGCAGCGGGUGCUAAGGGCAACCCAGUGCGGAGCACGACCCUCUCACGGGUAAAACCCAGAGCUAGGCAGCGGCUGGAACAACUAAGGCAGCAGCCGUGGCAUCUCUGUCCUGCUUAUGCAGCUGCCCCCGAGUCAGCCUCGCAGGAAAUCUGGUCAGUAGUUGGACACCAGGAGCUAUGCAGCCAUCCGUCUGCACCAGGCCAGAGCAGGCAGCAACAACCAGCUCCCCAAGGAGUCCCUGGCAAUAGCAAAGGCAGAGGUGGCGGAGCCCAGGGCAGCUCCCCAGACCACCGCGCUCUCAGCACAGGGAGGCUUCAUGCGCAUAUGCAGACGGUUGGAGACAAACCUCUCUGGUGAGUGCCAGCCACCCUCCGCAGCCCACCCUGGCCAUUCCCGGGGCACAGGGAGGCUCAGGGAGAGAAGAAAUCGCUCUGCCCCAGCCUGCCAGGGCAGCAGGGUCUGCGUGCAGAGCAGGCAGGUCCUGCCAGUGAGGGGGAAGGAUGCGAGGAGGAGUGGAUGGAUACUGCGAGUCGACAAUUCACCACCCCGAUAUCUGCUGGAGGGACAACGCAGGAAGGCACAAGCAAUCCAGGAGGUGCCUGGAGAGUAUCAGCAGAACUUCCUGAUACGGGUGGUAGAGGAGCCAGUGAGGAGAGGUGCUCUGCAGGACCUCAUAUUUACAGACAGGGAGGGGUGUAUUCACUCUUAGUUCAUUACCAGUUAAAUUGGAUCCAAGGGCUCUUGAGGUGCAGUGGAAGCAUAGCAUUUCCUUAAAGGAAAAGUUUUUGACUGUGACCUUUGCUUGGCCAAGAAGUUUCUCGGAGAAGGAAGAAAGUACCUGAAAAGCCUUGUUCUUGUCUUGUAAGCAGACACCGUAUUGGUGAGGCUUAUUGUCACCAUUGCUGCCGGGUGCUCUUUCCUGUAGCUAGCUAGAGCAAAUAAAGCUUCUGUUCCG